UGAUAAACUUCGCCGCAUUCAAGUGCGCAGCGCAAGAGUAAACGCGAGAGUCGGGGCGGUGGGCAGAUAAGAUAGGCAAACUUAUUUCCUGUACUGUACCUGAUUCUACAUUGUUGUCUUGCCUACUAAGUGUACAUUUACAAGUUGUUAAAUCAACGCCUGGAAAAUGCAAGCCAUCAAGUGUGUGGUUGUUGGAGAUGGUGCUGUGGGAAAGACAUGCCUGCUCAUCAGCUACACAACCAACGCCUUCCCUGGAGAGUACAUCCCCACAGUGUUUGAUAACUACUCAGCCAAUGUGAUGGUGGACAGUAAGCCAGUGAAUCUGGGACUGUGGGAUACAGCAGGACAGGAGGACUAUGACAGACUCAGACCUCUGUCCUAUCCUCAGACGGAUGUGUUCCUCAUCUGUUUCUCUCUGGUGAGCCCAGCAUCGUUUGAGAACGUCAGAGCCAAGUGGUACCCUGAGGUACGACACCACUGCCCCUCCACACCCAUCAUCCUGGUUGGCACCAAGCUGGAUCUGAGGGACGAGAAGGAAACCAUUGAGAAGCUGAAGGAGAAGAAGCUAGCGCCCAUCACCUACCCACAAGGCUUAGCACUAGCCAAAGAGAUAGACUCGGUGAAGUACCUGGAAUGCUCUGCCCUGACACAGCGGGGGCUGAAGACGGUGUUUGACGAGGCCAUCCGAGCGGUGCUGUGCCCCCAGCCCACCAAGGUGAAGAAACGACCCUGUCUACUCAUCUGAUCUCAGACCUGUGGACAGACCAAGAGGGAAUGGCUCAGGAAUCGCACAACAGCAAAUGAUGACUUUAGUUAAAUACAAAGUUUGGCAGUUUUACAAAGUGGUCUAAUGUUCAGAUGAGUCAACAUAUGAAGUGUUGAGUCUUUCCAUCUGUAGUGUAGAUCCAGCUAUACGUAUGUAGUGUAUGCCUCAAUCCCAAAUGAAUGGAAGAUAAUUGGACCGUCUAAUUGUACCAUUACAGAUGGUGCCAACCUUUCCCACUCAUUGGGGAUUGAGGCAUAUAGCUGGAUCUACAGAACAGAUGGAUUAAUCUCAAUGUUAGACCACUGUUCAUGUCUGAAAACAACCAUCAGACUUUCUGGAUCAUCACUAUAAAUGUCCUUAAUAUUUUCAAGACAAAUCCAGGAUAAGAACACAUGGAUAAGUGUUUUAGAUUCAUAUAUUGGUAUUUGUUUUUGGUUUCUGACUCAUUUUCUCGACAGUAUCUCACUUCUUCUAUAUGGUUUGUUUAUGCAGUAGCUGGUCCUUACUGUACAAUAAAGACACAUAUACAUAGACCAAA